AUGGCAGCGUCGAUGUUGGUAUUUGAUUGUUUUUUGUAUUUAGGUUUUUAUUUUUAUUUAAAUGAAGUACUGCCUGGUGAAUACGGUGUUUAGAAAAAAAAAAAUUUUAAUAAAAUGCAAGAAAACAAAAAUGAAAAAAAUAAAUAUUUUAUAGAUAAAAGUAGUGCUUAAUUCCAUGAAAAACAUAUAUAAAAUGGAAAUUUAAUUUGCAAAAUUUAAAAUUUAAAUAAAAAAUAUGGAAAAUUUAAAGCAUUAGAUAAUAUUUAUUUAAAUUUAUAUGAAAAUGAGAUUUUUUGUUUAUUAGGACAUAAUGGUGCAGGAAAAACAACUACAAUUUCAGUUUUGACAGGUUUAUUAUAAAAAACUGGUGGAAAUAUUUAAAUAUUUGGAAAGGAAUUGGAAGAAAACAUUGAUGAAAUUAGAUAAAAUAUUGGGUUUUGUAGUUAAAAAGAUAUUUUAUAUGAAGAUUUAAAUGUAUUUGAACAAUUAGAAUAUACUGGUAACAUUAAAGGGAUUCCAAGAAAUAUUUUAUAUAAAGAAAUCGAGAGAAUUGGUAAAGAUGUUGGAAUCUUUUAAGAAAUGAAUAAAUUAACUAAACAUUUAAGCGGUGGAAAUAAAAGAAAAGUAUCAUUAGCUAAUGCUUUAAUUGGAGGUUCAAAAUUAAUUUUUUUAGAUGAACCUACUUCAGGAAUGGAUGCUGUAUCACGUUAAGAAAUAUGGAAUAUAUUAGAAAAUAUAAAAAAAGAAGAGAAAAAAUGUAUCGUAUUAACUACACAUUAUCUAGAAGAAGCUGAAAAAUUAGCGUAGAGAAUCGCUAUUUUAGAAAAUGGAAAACUUUUAGUUAUGGGAACUUCUGAAUUUAUAAAAGAGACUUUUGGAGUUGGAUAUCAUUUAAGUAUUGAAUGUUAAAACUUUGAAGAAAAUAAAUGUAUAUGGGAAAAAGAAAAAGAUAUUAUUUCUUAAAAAAUAUUAAAGGAAAUAAACGGAAGUUAUAGAAAUUUUCAAUGUGCAAACUUUUAGUUAAAAUUUGUUCUCCCUUUUAAAUAAUUAGAAAAAUUUUCUAGUUUAUUGGAUGAUUUAUAAAAAAAAGAAUUACUUUCUAUUUCUAUAGAAAUGAAUUCUUUAGAAGAUGCGUUUAUUUAAAUAGGAUAAAAAAAUAUAACAUAAGAAUAAUAUAUUAAUAAUUAAAUAGAAGAUAUUUAAUUUUUUUAAAAUUAAAUUUACAAAAAAAACCAAUUUUUAUAAUAAAUGAUUGCUUUUGCAAAAAGAUAAUUUUUAGUUACAUAUAGAAAUUGGACUGCUAUUUUAAUGUUAAUAUUACCUAUUUUAUUUAAUUUUUUUGGUGUCUAUUUAUCUAAAAAUAUACUCACGAAUUUAUAAGAAAUUUUAAAUUUAGAUUAAGAUAUAAGUAAAGAGUAUUUAUUUCCUUUAAAAAUGUAUUUUUUGACCAUAUUUAUUGUCUAAGCUUAUUCUAUGAAUACUUCUAUUUAUAUAAAUACACCUGUUUUAGAAGAAGAAUUAUAAAUUAUGUACAUUUUGAGAAGUAAUGGUAUAAAAAUAAGCACUUAUUGGCUUGGAACCUUUAUAGUUGACUAUUUUUCGUAUUUAUUAACCCUCGUUAUAUUUAUAUAUAGCCUCUAUGUUUACUAAAUAGACUUUUUAGAAGAAUAAUUAGGGAAAUUGAGUGUAAUAUUAUGUGUUUUUGGAAUUUCAUUAAUCCUUUUUUCGUAUUUAUGCAGUUUUUUAUUUUCGAAAAGUUCUUAAGCUUUUAAAUCUUUUCCUAUUUAUUCGUUUUUUAUUUGUUAUAGUAUUCCUUGGGUUAUUUUGUAGAUUACAAAGGAAGAUUUUAAAAAAGUAAAUGCUUUUUUAGAAAUUUUGUGUGUUUUUUUCAGUCCUUUUUUGAUGUUGUAAAAAGCUUUAGAAAACCUUUAAAAUUUUGAAUGGAAAAAAUAAGUUUUUUUUUUUUUUUUUUAAUCUUUUUUCUAUGUCUUUUUCAUUUAUAAAAUUUCCCUUAAAAAAAUAUCCAAAAUAAGAAAUAAAAAAACUGUAAAAAACAAUUUAAAUUUAAAUAAUGAUAAUAUGUAAGAACCAGAAAUAAUUAAAGAAACCAAAAGAAUAAAAAAAUAUGAAAACUAGGAUACUAUAAAAGCUUUUUAAAUACAUAAAAAAUAUCCAAAUGGUUUCCAUGCGGUAAAAGGAAAUAGUUUUGGUGUUUAAAAAGGGGAAAUUUUUGGUCUUUUGGGACCUAAUGGUGCCGGAAAAUCUAGUACAUUUAAAUUAAUCACUGGAAAUGAUAGUCUUAGUGCAGGAAAUAUAGAAUUAGAGGGAAAAAACAUAGAAAAAAUCGGAGAAGAGCCUAUUGGAGGCAUUUGUAGUUAGGAAGAUUGCUUUUGGGAAUUUUUAACUGUUAAAGAACAUUUGGAAAUUUAUGGGAGAAUAAAUGGGUUUUAGGGAAAAGCUUUAGAAAAAAUAAUUUAAAAUUUUAUUAAAAAAAUGAGCUUAGAAAAUUUUGAAAACAUAAAGGCAGGAGUACUUUCGGGCGGAAAUAAAAGAAAAUUAAGUGUCUGUUGUGCUAUUUUAGGGAAUAAAAAAUUGCUUUUUUUUGAUGAACCAAGUUGUGGGAUGGAUCCGGUUGCUAAAAGAGUUUUUUGGGACAUUUUAAGAGAAAAUCUAGGGGAAAAGUCGGCUGUUUUAACCACUCAUAGUCUUUAAGAAGCAGAAGUUUUAUGCGGAAGGAUUGCUAUUUAAGUCAAUGGGUAGUUUGUGUGCUUUGGGUCUUUGAAAGAACUUAGGGAUAGAUUCGGAAAUGGAUAAAAGAUAGGCGUAAAAAUGAAUUUCGGGUAAUAAUAAAAUGUUUAGUUUGUAAAAAAAAUGAUUUUUGAGCUUUUUGGAGAUGAGAAUGUUAAAAUUUUGUAAGAUUUCGAAGAGAGUAUUUUUGGAGUAGAAGGAGAAGUCUUUUGCUUGAAUUUUUAAAUUAAAUAAAAUUUAGUUAGGUUUUCAAAGAUUUUUUAAGUUUUGUAUAAUUAGUUGGUUUUGGGAGGAAUUAUUUUGGAUUUUUCGAUUAAAUUGACAUCUUUGGAAGAUAUUUUUCUUUAUUUUUCGUAGUUUUAGAUUAAUAAUAAUUAAUAAAAUUGA